UGCCAAGGAGCCAAAAUGAAUCUGUAUUAGAAAUCGGUGGGAGGAUAUUUGAGAAGGCUGUAAAGAGACUCUCCAGCAUUGCUGGUCUUCACCAAAUUAGCUCUGUCAUCCCCUUUCUGAUGGAUUCCAGCUGCUGUGGAUACCAUAAAGCAUCCUACUACCUCGCAGUCUUCUAUGAAACUGGAUUAAAUGUACCUCGGAAUCAGCUGCAGGGCAUGCUGUAUAGUUUGGUUGGAGGCCAGGGCAGUGAGAGGCUGUCUUCAAUGAACCUUGGGUACAAACACUACCAAGGUGUUGACAGCUACCCCCUGGACUGGGAACUGUCAUAUGCCUACUACAGCAACAUCGCCACGAAGACACCCCUUGACCAGCACACUCUGCAGGGAGACCAGGCAUAUGUUGAAACCAUUAGACUAAAAGAUGAGGAAGUACUCAAGGUGCAAACCAAAGAAGAUGGCGACGUCUUCAUGUGGCUGAAGCAUGAGGCUGCCCGAGGCAAUGCAGCAGCUCAGCAACGACUGGCCCAGAUGUUGUUCUGGGGGCAGCAAGGUGUGGCCAAGAACCCUGAAGCUGCCAUUGAGUGGUAUGCCAAGGGGGCUCUGGAGACCGAGGAUCCUGCCUUAAUAUACGACUACGCCAUCGUGUUAUUCAAGGGUCAAGGAGUGAAAAAGAACAGACGGCUUGCCUUAGAACUGAUGAAGAAAGCAGCUUCCAAGGGCUUGCAUCAGGCAGUCAAUGGCCUGGGAUGGUAUUAUCACAAAUUCAAGAAAAAUUAUACCAAAGCAGCCAAGUUCUGGCUAAAAGCGGAAGAAAUGGGGAACCCAGAUGCAUCAUAUAAUCUCGGAGUCCUGCACCUGGACGGCAUUUUCCCAGGAGUCUCUGGAAGGAAUCUAACAUUAGCUGGUGAAUAUUUCCACAAGGCUGCACAGGGAGGACACAUCGAAGGGACCUUGUGGUGUUCUCUCUACUAUAUCACGGGCAACCUGGAGACGUUCCCCAGAGAUCCUGAGAAAGCUGUUGUGUGGGCAAAGCACGUAGCUGAGAAAAAUGGUUACUUGGGCCAUGUCAUUCGCAAAGGCCUCAACGCCUACCUGGAGGGCUCGUGGCAUGAAGCUUUGCUGUAUUAUGUGUUAGCAGCCGAAACUGGAAUUGAAGUGUCACAAACAAAUUUAGCCCACAUCUGUGAGGAGAGGCCGGACCUGGCUGGGAGAUACUUGGGCGUUAAUUGUGUCUGGAGAUACUAUAAUUUCUCUGUUUUUCAAAUUGAUGCUCCUUCAUUUGCAUAUCUGAAAAUGGGAGAUCUUUACUAUUAUGGCCACCAAAACCAGUCCCAAGACCUUGAGCUGUCUGUGCAGAUGUACGCGCAAGCAGCUCUUGAUGGAGACUCGCAGGGAUUUUUUAAUCUGGCCCUGCUAAUUGAGGAAGGUGCUAUCAUCCCACACCAUAUUUUGGAUUUCUUGGAAAUUGACCCAACACUCCACUCUGAUAACGUGUCUAUUCUCCGAGAGCUGUACGAAAGGUGCUGGAGCCAUGGUAACGUGGAGUCUCUCAGCCCCUGCUCCCUGGCCUGGCUUUACCUGCACUUGAGGCUUAUCUGGAGCACCAUCCUGCACUCUGCCCUGAUCUACUUUCUGGGAACCUUUCUUCUCUCCAUAUUGAUCGCCUGGACGGUGCAGUAUUUCCAGUCUAUGUCAGCCAGUGGUUCCCCUCUGGUACCAGCGUUGGCCUCACCAGACCCCACUGCGUCCACAGCGAGUCCAGCUGUGCCUCCAGCAGCAGAUGCGUCUGACCAGGACCAGCCCAGCACCACUAACAACCUUGAGCCACGGUCGUAGUGCUUCCACAGCAUUUGAAGACAUUGUUGGACAUCUUUUACGUUUCACUUGCAAUCCAUAAAAGAACAUCUAGAAAACCCCUGGUAUUUAAGUGGCGUCUUCUCCAUGCAGCAAUGGAAUACGCAGAGACGCCCUUAGCUCAUAGUCUCCCCCCAGCCCUCAUGCCUGCCUGAGCGUGCGCGGCGCGCGUGCGUGAGAAAGCAAGGAGGGGCGGGGCGUCUGUGGACUGCAUCCUGCUUAGGUAGUAAGUAAAUCAGUAAUGCAAUAUCGUGGGUCCAAACUACUCU